GGAGGCAGAUUCGGACACUACAGUUUGGCCCGUCUGCCCCGGCAACCUGUUUCCGGUCGGCUCGGUGGCAAAGGGGCGGGGCGGGGCUUGGCUUGGCGGCGGUGUCAGUUACCCUCAAAAUGGCGGAUGGAGGCAAUGGAGGAGCCGGAUCAGGAGCGAGCGGCGGGGUCUCUGUGCAGCCCCAGGAGCGGGCCAUGUGGUGGGAUGAGAGAGUUGACUUUCAGGCUGCCUUUUUACAACAACUGGCAAAGUAUGUGCCAAACAUCUACUCUGCUGAAAUGGACCCCUUGCUGGAGAAGCAGGAAGAAAUGGCCCAGAAACAAAUAUUUGACCCUCUGGAGUGGUACUUGUUUAGGGAAGACCCGGAUGUCUGCCUGGAGAAACUGCGGCAGUGCGGAGUUUCUCAACUCUGCGGGAAGGUGUUCAAAAGUGGAGAGACUACAUAUUCUUGCAGAGACUGUGCAAUUGAUCCAACUUGUGUACUCUGCAUGGACUGCUUCCAGAAUAGCAUUCACAAGAACCAUCGUUACAAGAUGCAUACUUCCACUGGAGGAGGGUUUUGUGACUGUGGGGAUACAGAGGCAUGGAAGACUGGACCACUUUGUACGAACCAUGAUUCUGGAGCAGCAAGCUCUACAAAAGCGAAUUCUGAAUGCCAGUUAAAUGAAGAGCUAAUGGCACAAGCAAAGAAGAUGUUCCCGUCGGUAUUAAAAUACAUUGUAGAUAUGACUAUUUGGGAAGAAGAGAAGGAGUUGCCUCCUGUGCUCAUGAUCAGAGAGAAGACAGACCACUACUACUGUGUUCUUUUCAAUGAUGAACAUCAUUCUUAUGAUCAUGUCAUCUACAGUCUACAGAGAGCGCUUGGUUGUGAGCUUGGGGAAGCCCAGUUGCACACUACUGCCAUAGAUAAAGAGGGUCGUAGGGCUGUAAAAGAGGGACCUUAUGUAUCCUGUCAGGAAGCAAAGGAAGAAAUCAAGAGGCACUCUGAGAAUGUCUCCCAACGACCGCUUCAUGUGGAGGUUCUGCAUGCUGACGUUAUGGCUCAUCAGAAAUUUGCCUUGCGCCUUGGUUCCUGGUUGAACAAACUUAUGAGCUAUUCAAGUGACUUCCGCCAGAUCUUCUGUCAAAUAUGCCUCAAAGAGGAAGCUGACUCUGAAAAGCCCUGCCUCAUAAGCAUGUUGAUGCUUUGGGAUGCAAAACUUCAUAAAGGGGCAAGGAAGAUCCUUCAUGAACUUAUCUUCAGCAGUUUUUUCAUGGAAAUGGAGUACAAAAAACUUUUUGCUAUUGAAUUUGUGAAGUAUUACAAGACAUUGCAAAAAGAAUACAUCAGUGAUGACCAUGAGAGAAAUAUCUCUGUGACUGCACUCUCGGUUCAGAUGUUCACUGUACCCACUUUGGCACGCCAUCUUAUUGAAGAGCAAAAUGUAAUUACCGUCAUCACAGAGACACUACUAGAAGUGCUGCCAGAGUACCUGGACAAGAAUGACAAGUUCAACUUCCAGGGUUACAGCCAGGACAAACUGGAUCGGGUGUAUGCAGUCAUAUGUGACCUCAAGUAUAUCUUAAUCACUAAGCCUACAGUGUGGACAGACAGACUGAGGGUACGGUUUUUGGAAGGAUUCCGUUCUUUCCUGAGGAUUCUGACUUGCAUGCAGGGGAUGGAGGAGAUACAGAGACAGAUCGGUCAACAUAUCGAGGUGGACCCAGAUUGGGAAGCAGCCAUUACUAUCCAGAUGCAGCUGAAGAACAUUCUUUUGAUGUUCCAAGAGUGGUGUGCCUGUGAUGAAGACCUGUUGCUGGAGGCUUACAAAGAGUGCCAUACAGCUGUGAUGAGGUGCAGCACAAGUAGCCAUUCACGGGAGAAGAUAGUGCUUCAGUUAUGUGGCCACACUUUGGAAAGCAAACGUUACAGAGUGUCAGUAGACCCUGUCAGCAUACACCUGCCACUGUCCAGGAUGCUUGCAGGCCUACAUGUACGAUUAAGCAAGACUGGAGCAAUCUCAAGACUGCAGGAGUUUGUGCCUUUUGAACAAUUCCAAGUGGAGCUGCUAGUGGAAUACCCUUUGCGCUGUCUAGUGUUGGUUGCUCAGGUUGCUGCAGAGAUGUGGAGAAGGAAUGGGCUCUCCCUAAUAAGUCAGGUGUUCUAUUACCAGGAUGUUAAAUGUAGAGAAGAGAUGUAUGAUAAAGACAUCAUCAUGCUGCAGAUUGGUGCAUCGUUUAUGGAUCCAAACCUUUUCCUGUUGCUGAUACUACAGAGGUAUGAGCUUGUCAAUGCCUUCAAGAAGAUCAUGCCCACCAAAGACCAGGAUUUGACCAAGCAAUGUAAUAUAUUAAUAGAAGAAAUGCUGCAGGUUCUCAUCUAUGUUGUGGGGGAAAGAUACGUGCCUGGAGUGAGUAGUGUGACAAAAGAAGAAAUUACUAUGAGAGAAAUUAUUCAUCUGCUCUGCAUUGACCCAAUGGCUCACAGUGCUAUUGCCAAAUCUUUGCCUGAGAAUGAAAACAAUGAAACUGGCUUGGAGAAAGUAAUAAACAAAGUGGCUGUAUUCAAGAAACCGGGUGUGUCAGGCCAUGGAGUUUAUGAAUUGAAGGAUGAAUGCAUGAAAGAAUUCAAUAUGUUCUUUUAUCACUAUACCAAGACCCAGCACAGCAAGGCUGAACAUAGGCAGAAGAAGAGAAGAAAACAAGAAAACAGAGAUGAAGCACUGCCACCUCCUCCCCCUCCUGAAUUCAGCCCAGUGUUCAGCAAUGUGGUGAAAGUUCUGAACUGUGAUAUCAUGAUGUAUAUCCUCAGGACUAUCCUUCAAAGGGCAGUACAACUGGAGACCCACUUAUGGACUGAAGCUAUGAUCCAGAUGGUACUUCACCUCCUUUCUCUGGGCUUACUGGAAGAGAAGCAGCAGCUAGAAAAGGCUCCAGAGGAAGAAGUGACCUUUGACUUCUAUCACAAAGCAUCAAGAAUGGGAAGCUCAGCCUUGAAUGCUCUGAACAUACUAAUGCUUCUGGAAAAACUAAAAUCAGUUCCUCAGUUAGAAGCACAGAAGGAUAUGAUCAACUGGAUACUGCAGAUGUUUGACACAGUGAAACGAUUGAGAGAAAAAUCAAGUUUAGCAACAGCAGCAACUACAUCAGGAUCAGAAACUACAAAAGGCGAUGAGACUCCGAGCACUCAAGACAAAGAGAAGGCUGAACGAAAGAGGAAGGCAGAAGCUGCCAGGCUGCAUCGCCAGAAGAUAAUGGCCCAGAUGUCUGCUUUACAGAGGAAUUUCAUUGAAACUCAUAAACUCCUGUAUGAACACACACAAGAGACACAGGGAAGAGAGGACUCUGUUAUGGAGGAGGAGAGCAUACCUUUGGCCAUUGAUUCUUCCAGAAUUGUCUUGGGACCCAAGCGAGGUCCAUCUAUUACUGAAAAGGAAGUGUUGACCUGUAUUCUAUGUCAGGAGGAGCAGGAAGUGAGGCUGGAGAGUGCUGCGAUGGUAUUAUCAGCUUGUGUCCAGAAAUCCACUGCCUUAACUCAGCACAGGGGGAAAACUCUUGAACUCUCAGGUGAUACAUUAGAUCCUCUUUUCAUGGAUCCAGAUUUGUCAUGUGGAACCCAUACAGGAAGCUGUGGUCAUGUAAUGCAUGCAGCCUGCUGGCAGAAGUACUUUGAAGCCAUGCAACUGAAUUCUCGACAGCGUCUUCAUGUUGAACAGAUUUUUGACUUAGAGAAUGGAGAGUACCUCUGCCCACUCUGCAAGUCUCUGUGCAACACUGUGAUUCCCAUUAUUCCUUUGCAGACUCAAAAGAUAAACAGUGAGGAUUCAGAGGCAGUAGCUCAAAUUCUGACCCUGGCUAGGUGGUUGGAGAUUGUCAUGGCCAGGAUAUCGGGGUACAGUGCGAAAAACACUAAAGGAGAGACGCAAAAUGCUCCAUCUUUAAUCAACAAAGGAAUGGGAGACUUUACUUCAGAAUUCCAUUCCAUCCUUAGUUUUGGAGUUCAGCCUUCAACCAAAUACUCAAACAGUAUUAAGGAGAUGCUGGUUCUCUUUGCCACCACUGUUUACAGAGUUGGAUUAAAAGUUGCUCCCAAUGAGGCUGAUCCUCGCAUUCCUAUGAUGACGUGGAGCACAUGUGCUUUUACUAUCCAAUGUAUAGAAAACCUUCUAGAAGAUGAGGGCAAACCUUUAUUUGGAUCUCUGCAAAAUAGACAGCACAGUGGCCUUAAAGCAUUAGUGCAGUUUGCAGCUGCUCAGAGGACUACAUCACCACAAAGCCUGAUUCAGAAACAUCUGGUUCGUCUCCUAGCAGUUCUUCUACCAAACUUAAAAAUGGAAGACACGCCAUCCAUUCUAGAUGUAGAUAUGUUUCACAUUUUGGUAGGUGCUGUGUUAUCAUUCCCAUCUUUAUAUUGGGAGGAUACUGUAGACUUGCAACCUUCAUCUAUUAGCUCUGCCUAUAAUCACCUCUACCUCUUCCAUUUGGUCACUAUGGCACACAUUACACAGAUCCUUCUGACCUCUGCAUCAGAAUCCCCCACUGCUCAAUCACAAGAUACCAGUGAGGAGGCUCAUACUGCCGAGUCUUUCUGUAGAGAAGUUUACCAGUACACGAGUGGCUGCUUUAGCCGUGAUAUUCCAGGCUGGCAUCUGUGGGACUGUGUUAAGAAAGGGAUCACACCUUACCUUCGUUGUGCUGCUUUGUUUUUCCAUUACAUGCUGAGAGUGCCUCCACCUGAGGACCUGCUGUUAGUUUCCGAGGAAGGAGAGUUCAAGGCACUCUGUAGUUAUCUAUCUCUACCCACCAAUCUGUUCCUGCUUUUCGAGGAAUAUUGGGGCACUGUAAGCCCCUUGCUCCAAAGGUGGUGUGCUGACCCUGCUGUACUAAGUUUUCUGAAAGGGAAAAACAUUUCACUAAGAUAUCCAAGGAAAAGAAAUAAUUUGAUAGAGCUUCCAGAAGACUACAGCUGCCUCCUGAAUCAAGCCUCUCAGUUUAGGUGCCCACGGUCUUUUGACGAUGAACAAAAGCACCCAGUGUUGUGUUUGUUCUGUGGCACCAUGCUAUGCUCCCAGAAUACCUGCUGCCAGGAGUUGGUGAAUGGGGAGGAGCUGGGAGCCUGUACCUCUCAUGCUCUCCAGUGUGGAGCUGGAGUGUGUAUGUUCCUCAAAAUCAGGGCAUGCAGAGUAGUCCUGAUAGAAGGUAAAACCAGAGGCUGCUUAUAUCCUGCUCCCUAUCUCGAUGAAUAUGGAGAAACAGACCCAGACUUGAAAAGAGGCAACCCCCUGCAUUUAUGUCAUGAACGUUACCGGAAACUUCAUCUUCUAUGGCAGCAACACUGCAUCAUAGAGGAGAUUGCCAGAAGCCAGGAAACCAAUCAAAUCAUCUUUGGAUUCAACUGGCACCUGCUCUGAGUCCCAGCUUUUAAUUAAAUCCCGAUGAGUAUGGAUGAUGUUUGGACAAAGGAAAAGGGGGAGUAUUACAGAGCCUUCUCUAAGGGUUCAGACACAUGAUUGAUGCAUUGAAACAAAAUAAUUCUCAUUUCAUAGGUUUUACCUUUAAAAAAAAAAAAACACCACCCUAUGUGGUGACUGUUGUAGAAUGUUCAGGGACAGAAAUAUCUUUUUCCAAAGGUUAUAGUCUCUACUGAUUAGAUGAGUGUAGCUUCCCACAUUCACCUGCCUUCCAUAUGUACACACCGAAAGUCCCAAACUGUUAUUUAUUGGUACUGGAAUACACCCGGAGGUGUGUUGCUCGGAAAGAACCAAGUAAGAGAAGCUGUUAAUAUUUACAGUCAUGUGGUACAAUAGGCAUAUCAGGGUUGAUGUGAUGUUGAAAUUGUUUGUCUUUUGAAAUUACAACAAUCUAGCUGGAAUUGUGUACAACCUCUCCUCCUCCGUACUGUGUGUCUGGGUUCCUAGCCCUGGCUUAGAACUUAAAAUGGCCAAGGUCUGUAGCAUAUUUUCAGAGGGAGAAGUGGUGCCAGGCCUCUACUAAUCCAUACCAACAGGCUCAGCAAGCAUUAAGUGGUGCAGCAGAAACCUGCACUGUGCCAGACCCUGGGAUUUAUUGGAGAGUGCUUUCAGAGGAAUGAUGUUUCCACUAAUCCAAUCUUUAAAAGAGGGGUAGAAGGAGUGAAUUGUGUGGGGGUGUUUCCAUCUUGCUUGGUGCAUGUAAAAUUAAACUGUGUGUGCUUGUUGCAUUGCCAGUACUGCACCUUAUAUAAUGUAGCUUUAGUCUACUAAUUCUGGAGACUACACCCAGGACUCCAGCACCACACUGGUGUGGUGUGGCUGUGAUCAGCUUUACUAUAUUUGUAAUCGUACUCGGCAGUCUGUGCAGAGACAAACUCUAGAUUGCUGAUCCAGUGGGUUAGCCAUCUGUCCACUGCAAAACACAUAAACUGCAGUAAAAUAAAAGCCAUUUAAAGUUGAAUUAAAAAGCAAGAUCCUGUAGAAGAUAGCAUGGAAUAUUAUCUAUUUAGAAUCACUAAACAAAGGCAUAAAUCAAUACUUUGUAUCUCCAUGUUGGAGGGGCUUCCCUCUCUUCAUUCUUGUGUUAUCUGUUUGGCGCUGUCCAUAAACUGUCUGUUUCUGGAGUCAAGCCAAACAAAAGCUCGUUGUAACUUAAAGGAAAAAAAUAGUUGUCUGUCUCUUUUUCAAUAACUAAUGGCAUAUUGUGAUUGAACCAUUUUUCAUUAGCUCAUUGUUCUGUUUCCCAGAUUUUAGCCAUAAUAAUUUACAUGAAGGGAUCUUGUGAUGUGACAGGUAAAAGUUCUAAAUACAUAAAUUCCCUAUAACUAUUACUUUUCCAAGCAAUGCCAUCUCUGUCUGAAAAGCUGAACUAUCCAGAGAAUGCAUUUUAGAUCUGUGUGUUCUACUUUCCCCUCUUGCUGUUUGUGUGUGUGUGGGGGGGGGGGUGUUGUUUUUUAAUGCUCUGUUAAGGCUUAGAAAGGGAGGGCUAUAAAGAAUUUUGUGACCUGCUGUUUGAGAGCACACACACAACCUCCGCUAGAAAGCAGGGUUUUGGAUCCAUGCGUGGUCCCAUGUUAACGCGGGGACCGUGUUAACAUGGAUUCCAAUGACAGUAAUUAAAUUUGGGAUCCAUCCGCGGUCCUGCGCUAUAACCGAAUUUGUGCUAUAUGGACACACAUUCUAGCAAUGGUCUGCUCUGUGUGUGACAUACACACACACACACCACAAUGUUUGCAUUCUUUUCUUAAUGGUGCAGUGAGGGGACAUGCCAGGUGGGAGGGAGAAUCACAAAUCAUGAUUUUAUGCUUAAGUAUAAUAAUCCUCCUCCUAGUUUCUUGAAGUCCUUAGUGAACUGCAGUCACUACUCAUUUAAAAGUGGAAUUCAAAUGGGUUGGAAUAUCAAAUCAUUAUUUUCUAGCAUUCAAAUAGUCCUUAAAAUUUUUGCUCUUUUUUUCAGCUUAUUUUCCCCAGACAGUGUAAAUAGUUAUCUUCAGUAUCUUUUCCUAUUUUCCUCUUAUUGCAAUGAAGAAUUCUCUCUUCAUUUUGAUAUUUUCAGUUUUUUAAACUGAAGGUAAAUCCCUCUGCAAAGAAACAACAGUGUUGUUAGUCUUGUCUAAUCUGUGAUUGAAACCUUGGGUUAGGAAAACCAGCUCCAUGGAGACUUGUGUGCAGUGGCUAGUUCAAAGGUUACCAAUAAUACUGCUUACCAGCCAAAGCACUGUUUUGAAAUUAGCAAACAUGCUUCACGGACUUCAGCACUGACUUCAUAGCUGUGUUCACUUACUGUUUCCCCUGUGGUUUAUCUAGUCAUGUAUCAGAUAUUUUCAGUACUCCCUGCACUUUCAAUGAUGCAAGAAAUUUGUACUCAUGAAUUUCAGCUAACAGACAUGCAGCAAGAUCACUUUAUUUUGUGGUGUUGGUAAUGAGCAAUUCAAACUGUACUAUACAGAGACAGAAGCUGGUUUGAGCAGGCAAACUCUUCCUUAACAUUCCCAAUUGUCUUUCUGUAGUUGGGAGAGGUAGGAAAAUGAGGGCAAAGGAAGAAAUUUAGCAUAGUUUUCUGUACGUUUGCACUUAUUAUUCUAGCGAAUGGGCUCCCAGAUCAUCACUAAUGAGUGUGGUCAUUUCUCAUUUCAUAAAUUACUAUGCAGUUUGGUUCACUGUGAGUAUUAUCUGUAUUUAGUGAUUGCAAGAUACUUAUGCCACUGAUUUGAAUUCCAUCCAAGAUAAACUGAAGAAGUUAUUUGAAUAAUGCGUAUAUUGGUAUCCUUAACUGCAAAAAUGUAAAUUUGAAACUUGUAUAAUGUUAUUGUGCUUUUGAAAUAAAAUAUCUUGUAUAUGUAUAUUUAAAAGAGGAAAUAAAGUAACUUCUCAUA